AUGGAGUACAAGAACGAGUCGCCGCCUCCUCCCGCACCUCCGCCCAAGCCCAAGUGGAUGCCUCAACAUGGUCGCACCUCGUCCAGUUCCGCAUCCGCGUCCGCAUUUGCAUCCACGCCCGCCUCGGCCACGGCUUCCACAUCGUGCUAUGCAUCAACCUCGUCGACCACGCCACAGGUGUAUCCGUCGCGGGCGGUAGCUUCUCCCACCACGGUGACCCGAUCGCCGACGGUGACUCGCUCGAUCCAACCCGCAGGCACGGCCGCUCACCAGCGCCAAGUCGAGCGCGCCAAUUCGUCAUCGACGACCCCGACGCGCUCGCCGCUCAACUCGAUCAUCCGCAAGAGGAGUGCAUCCAACGCGAGUGCGACGACCCUCUCGUCGUCCGUCAUGGAGGCAAGCAGAACUAUGGCUGGUGCAUCGGUGUUUUGUGACGUCGUCGUCGAUCAGCUUCGAGUCGACGCCGGCAGCGGAGAAUGUGUAGAGCCAGAAUGUGAGUCCUCGCGACCCAAGGCCCCUGAUCUCGCGCUAGAGCUCACGCUAGAAGAUGAGCCCCGCACAGUCUCCUCUUCCUUUCUCAACGGUCUCGGCUCCCUCUUGCCCUUUGAACAAGGUGAUGGCCCCGGUCUUGGCACCUCGACCUCGUCGCGACCCUCGUCCCCUCGCAAGCCGGCCAAAGUCGACCUCGAGAUGGUGCGCAGGAUGCUGAUCGAACUCGCCCACACCGAAGACAACUAUUACAAAAAGAUCAAGUCACUGCAUGAGGUAGGUUUGAUUCGGCGAAUUGCAGUGUCGGUGAUCGGUGUACUCAUUCAUGUCCACCGAUUAUGCGAUCUAGGACUUUGAAAAACCUUUGCGCAAGUUCGCCAAGGUACCGACGACGGCCAUCAUCGGCGAGCGAGCCGUCGCUGGUCUGUUCUCCAACUUGCAGUAUUUGGUCCCGAUCGCGCACAUGUUCAAUCAGGACUUGCAGGCCAUGUUGGGUGAGAUGACUCGGGAACGAAGGGUGUUGCCGACCGAGUUUGGGCCCAUGAUUCGACAUCAUGUACGUUGUUCUCGAGCUGCUAUACCGUUUUCGUCCAGAUUGCCCACGGCUAACGUGAUGUACUUGUCUCCUUAUGAUAGAUUCGAGGAAUGCGACCUUUCGCCGAAUACCUGAACGAUCAUCGAGCCGCAGAUGCCAUCCGUCGAGCCCUCGACUCCAAAGUCUCGGGCUUCCGUACCUUCAUCGAACGGCAACAAGUCACGUCGCGCGAAAAGACGCAGCAGACAGGAGGGUUCAAAGAGUUCUUGGCUGAACCGUUUCAGCGGAUAGCGAGGUACCAGUUGAUGCUCGAACGUGAGUGUGUACUUUCACUGAAUGCUCUUGAUCGAACCACGAUCACUGACCGGUCGCCCUCGAUACUGCAGCUAUCCUGCGACAUCUACCCGAGGACGACCCCAACGUCGAACCCUUACAACAAGCGCUGGACACGUUGAUUGAUAUCUGCAGUAUGCGAAUCGACACCUCGAAACACCACCCCGCAAUUCAAUGGGCCCUGCGAACGUCGAUCGACUCCCUCCCCUCCCCAUCCCGCGGCGGGAAAUACCUCGCCUCGAUCGAUGUCGACGAAACGUACGAAGCCGAACUGGGCGCCAAACCCACCACGCUCCGGUGCACCUUGUUCUUAUUCGAGAACGAACUCGUGUUCGCCAAACGUCCGUCGGGCAACGCGAAAACGGGGUCGCAGUUGCUGGGCUUGAACGAUUUGGAAGAGCUGCUUGUGCAGUACAAGGUCCAAGAAGCAGUCAUGUACUCCGGCAACGCUGGAGGAAUCCCUUCGUCUCCUACCAAGAGAUCAAAAGGUGGGUUGGGAAGCACGACUGUGAUGGGCUACAGAGGUCGUGUCGAUGUAUUGGACAGUGAGCCGCGCAACUUUUCGGUCGAUGGGCAACCGGGCUUCGCACUCGUGCUGGAUCCACCGCCAAUGGACCAAAGUGAGCGAUGGAAUGGGCGUGGGAUCAGAAGAUACACUAUCGCGAGCACGUACUCGAGUGACGCCAAGAAGUUAUCGGAGAAGAACGAGUUUCUGAGUCGCUUGGCCGAGGCCAAGGCGAGGAGAUGGCUUGGGAAGGGUGCGCAGGCCGUGAGGAGGCGCGGUAGUGGGCAGAAUCAGGUCUAUUGGGUGCUCUGGGGGACCAAGGAAUGGGAGGAUCUGGCGGGGCAGAGACGCGUGAGUUCAUGUUUUUACGAGUCUGCGCAGACCAAAGCGUGAUCACGUGAAGCUGACUCCAAAAUCUGGACCGGCACAGGGAAAACUCGCGCUCUAUGUCGACGAUGUCGGCAGUGGCACCAGUCGUGAGAUCCUUCGAGGCGUCGAUGGGCAUCCCAUCGAAAUGGCUCGUGCUACUUUGCUUAGCGAGAACCAAUGUCGCUUCUCUGUUCGGUCGAUUCGCGACAACGCCUUUCCGAAAGGUGAGAUCAUCGAAUUGGGGCGAAUUCCGGCGGUCAUCAGUGAACUGGGGACGAGUCAGAGCAUGCUCGACGUGCCCGUGCCUCGACCGACGACGCCGGGUGGUUCGGCACGCAGGACUCGAUCUGGUCUUAUGGAUGCCGCUCUCAACGUCUUUGGUGGUGGAUCGGGUGGUGGUGGAGGUGCGAGCUCGACCACGUCGUCCUUGUUCAAAGGAGGUAAUUCGACGGCAAGUCGGACAUCGACUGGGUCGAUGUAUGCCACACGCGGCUCUGCUUCCAGCGGAUUGGAAGGCUCCUUUGCCCCACAGUCGCUGAAAGAGUCAUCCGUCGCGUCGCGGGAUCGUCCGAGGAGUGGCUUGUUCGGCAACAGGAAGCGAUCGGAACCGGACCUUCCGUCUCGCCGAGGGGCAGAUUCGACGUCCGAACAGGUCUAUAGCCUGGGCAAGUACGACCUCGGGACAUCGUCGACGCCUCCCGUGCAGAGCCCGGCCUCGACGACGCCCAACGCUGCCGUCGUCUCUCGAGACUCUCGACCGAGACAUCGUCGUUCGUCUUCGUUACCACCACCGCUCCACGCUCGGUUCGACUCGACAUCCUCAGCGAUGGAUGUCAUUGUCUCCUCGGCAGAGAUCGAGGACGAGGCCGCUGCAUCAUUCGCCAGCCGAAGGCGCUCCCUCACCGAGCCAUCGGAGCAGCUAUUGUACUCCAUCCCGCCGAUUAUCCCGCCCACGCCUGUCGAUUCGUCGUGGAUCCGUUCAGAACCUUGGGCACCCGCUUCGUCACCGAUGGAGUACCGCCCCCCGAGUCGACGUCGAAUGAUGGGCCCCCGGGCCCCCGGCUCGACACCAGGAGGUACUCCGGGCAAUGCAGGCCCACCCGAGUCGCGAUCCCAGCCCGACGGUUCGCCGUCCAAUACCGACAUCCUGAUGUCAUCUCCGACGAGAAGUGCCGAAGCCGAUCGUGUUGUCCGAGCAGUUUCCCGCACUUCUACCCAUCCGUCCGUCCCACUCUCCAACGCUCGCGAUGAGAGCCCUUCGCCUACGCCAACCCUCACGCCUGCGUCAGCAUCAGCUACGAUGUCGGACCCUAAUCCUCGGUCACCCACACCUUCCGCCGCAGCGGUAUCCGCCGUCCCGCCCCAUAUUGUAGCUGUCGCGUGCCCACCUAGUCCUCUGCGUCAUUCCAUCUCGCGGCGUGAUUCAGAUGCAGAGUCGAUGUCGCCCCCGACGACGAAGCGUCCGCUCGUUCGCAACGACGGCUCAGUACCCAAUUCGCCCGCACGUAAACGCCCUUCGCUCGGUGACGCAUCGGACACACUUUCAAACACCAAAGUCCGCGGCCCUCGUGGUCCCGCUUCGGGGAUCAAUCGCCCUCGCUUUGGUGCCCAGUCCGGUACUUCCUCAUCUGAGAACAGCACCGACGGACGAUCGGCGUCACCCGCUCCUCGCAAAGUCUCAGCCAGUCAGAUCAAGAUCCGCAGCCGACGAGUAACGUCUGGAGCUUCGAUCGGUUCUGGGACGUCGACGAUUCGCGGAUGCUCGCCGCCUCUACAUCGCCAUGCUACACCUCCUCUUCCUCUGAGUGAAGCCGAUGCUCAAGAUGUCUUUGUCACGCGUGAAGCGAGCCCGGCCCCUCUAGAGCUCAAGCGCGUCGCUUACAACCCCGACGACUCAAUGGACGACGACGACACUUCCUUGAGCAAGAUUGAACGCAUCAGAAAGCACGUUCGGUUGAUGAGGAGUCGCCUCUUGAAGGAAAUGGCCAACGCGUCCUCGUACAACAAGGAGAAUGAUCGCAACGUCCCUUCGCCUGGAGGGAUGACGAGGAGUCCGCAUACUCGGAAUGUCGCUGUAAGUUCUGAGAUGGCCUUCUUGUUGGCAUUUGGACAGCGACAUGCACUGAAAGAAACUUCUCCGUCUACUGCAGAUCAAAGCCAAUACUCCCUCUUCGGCCUCUUAUGCUUCAUCUUUUGCGAGUGGUCGACUCGCAGCAGGAAUGAUCGAUCUCCACCACCUCACCCAAUGGCUCGACCAGCUUGACGGCCUCGUUGCCAAGUUGGAGGAACUCGAAAACCUCGCCCCGAACCUCGCGACAGAACCAAAACCGGUCGUGUCGCAGAGCAUUUCGCCGACCGAAGCCGAGUUUGCGAUGCUUGAAGCGGAACGGGAACUCAUCUCGGCUGAGUUGGAUGCGUUGAAACAUGAGUUAUCGAUGGUGAGUGCUUAUUCCGUCAUCAUAGUGCGGCCAAGAUCGCGUAGCUGACUGUUUGGCGACGCCUGUUGCCCAUUCCAGCGCGUGACGGACGACGCACGAAGCGCCGCAGAAGCCGAACGACUGGGCAGGGAGAAUACCACUCUGCGGACGGCGUAUCAGGACAUUCUGAGCGAAAUUGAAGCGCUCUACGAGGUGAACUCAAGCGAUCCCUCUCUGUUCGUCUUUCGUAAAUCACAAGGCUGACAACGCUGUCUGUUGCUUCGUUCUGCGCAGCAAUUCAACACGCGCCUCGGCGAAGGUGAACGACUCGUGACCUCUGACGGAAGCAGCGAUCUGGUACUGACAUGCUCUCGAUAUACUCGCAGUUGUAACAGCGAUACAAGUCGAUCCCGCGAUUGGUGUAUCGAACGACACGUACAUCAUCCUUACCAGCCAACUGCGCGAGGCCGUCCUGGCGCGAUCCGACGCCGAACACACGCUAAUGAUCGCGCAACACCGCUUGCAGCGUGAGCUGGACGAGAAGGAGGAAUGGAGGAAUAUAUUGGUUACGCAUGGGUUGUUGCCCGUUCCAAUCUGA